AUGUCGUAUGAAAGACAGCCUAAAGCAUUUUGGUUUUGUGUGAGUAUACCUGCUUGCUCCCUCACAGGGAAGGGUGUUUGUUGGACUCUGAGAAUCUGGGCAGUUGCUGUGGUUUCUAUCCUCCUCCUUAGCACCUGUUUCAUCGCGAGCUGUGUGGUGACUUACCAGCUGACCAUGGACAACCCCAAUAGAAGACUGUCUGAACGUCAUACAAAUCUUUCCAGUAUCAGCUGCUGGAGUGAAGGGAUUAUGGUAUCAGACAAAGUCUGGAGCUGCUGCCCAAUGAACUGGACGCCAUUUGGUUCCAACUGCUACUUCAUUUCCACUGACUUAACAUUUUGGAACGAGAGUGAAGAGAACUGCUCCAGCAUGGGCGCUCAUCUGCUGGUGAUCCACAGCCCGGAAGAACAGAAUUUCAUCACCAGGAUCCUGGACCCUGGUGAUAGCUAUUUUAUAGGGCUGCAGGAUCCAGGUUAUCGACAGUGGCGAUGGGUUGAUGGGACACCAUACAAUGAGAGUGCCACAUUCUGGCACAAAGGUGAGCCCAACAACUGGAAGGAACAAUGUGUUGUAAUAAAUCAUCGACCUGCUGGUUGGGGCUGGAAUGAUGCCUUUUGCAAUUAUAAACAAAGCUCAGUUUGCCAGAUGAAUAAAAUAUACUUAUGA